GCGCACAGUGUGUGACACGAGGAGUUGGUGGCCGGGGCCGGGCGGUGCACCGGUCGGUCCAGUUCAUCCUGCUGCGAGGAGCCGCGGUCGUUGUCAUCGUCCCGUCACGGUUUCACUCAGCGACUGGUAGGAGCCAGGAAAGUAUUUGAAAAGGAUGGCAAAGAACAAAUCAAAGGCACAGAAACACAAAGAUGUUUUCAAAGUUGUCAACAGCAAAAAUAUAAAAGCCAAAAGCAAAACCAAACCUGUAACUACAAGUCUGAAGAAGAUCAACAUUAUGAAUAGUGAAAAAGUUUCUAAAGUCAAUAAAGCAUUUGCUGAAGUACAAAAAGAGAUCAAGAACUUAUCCAAAGACACAACUGCAAAGAAACCACUGCAGAUUUCAAGACCUCCUACGGCUGAGCUGCUGAACGUGGAAGCUACAACUCAGUUGUUUUCACAGUUAUGAAAUUCAAAAAUUGCUUUCAGUGGACGUUAACCUAAGUAGUGUACAGCACACACGAGUACAAAAGGAUUUUAAUGUUUUAAAUUUCAAGCAUCUACAGUUAGUUUUCUUUGGUAUACAAAUCAACUGGAGAAUCUAAUCAGCUGUACCAGAGGAAAUGAACCAAAUGCAUUUGCCUUCAACAAGUUCAAUUUCAAGAUUUGAUAAUUUGCUUUUGACAGAAGUAUGUAUUUAGACAAUCAGUUCAGAAGAUUACAUUUGAUAAAUGCUGCAUGUUGUAUAUUUUUGUAUUGUGUUGGAGAAAAUAGGGUAAAUUUGGAAUGGUAUUUUUGAGCAAUAAAUGUACUUGUUUCUAUAGUGUCAGUCAUGCUGCAGUCCUCUUGUUUUCAGCACCUAUUUUAUAUUAAUAAGACAUUAGGCUGAAUGUGUUUAGUAAAUUCCUUUAGUCAAUCUCAAAGUUUGAACAACAAAGACCAUUUAAAGAAAGUGCAGUCCAUCAGCAGCAAUAGACACAAUCAGAAGCAAAAGGAAUUUUUGUUUGGAAAUGGCAGUGUGAAGAGAAUUUUUCCCCAUAUUUCUUGAAUGAGAUAACUCAAAGGAGGGGUUUAUUAUGACUGUGAAUUUCUUUUCCAAUUUGACAAUAUCCCCACAUUUGUAGAGCAAAUACUAACUGCUGGAUGUACGUAGCUUCAAGAAUUUUUUUGGGGUGAUUGCAAGUAGUUUUGAAAGAAGCUGUCAGAGGUCUUUGUGGUUUGUUGGUACUGCUGGAAUUAUCAAUAACUGUUAAAGAUCAUACACAUAGUGGCAACUUUACGACUGUCUACAUGAGUUGCUGCCACACGAUUGGCCAAUUAGAUAUUUGCUUAAUGAGCAGGUGUACCUAAUAAAGUGGCCAUUGAAUAUAAAUAUAUACUUUAACAUUUAUGAUGUAUGAGUAACUUUAAUAUUUCCAGAAAUGCAAAUUGUUACUUUAGUUAAAUAAAAACAAGCUGCUGGAGGAACUCAUCAGAUUAUGAAGCAUCCGUGGAGGGAGGUGGACAGUUAUUAUUUUGGGUUGAGACCCAUUAUUUGGACUGGAUGAGAGAACCAUUUACUGGCACCCGUUCUAUCCUUCAUUUUUUUUUUUACAAUUGUCAGAAAUUAUCAAUUCCAAGGCAUUGCUAAUUUGACAUACAAAAUUUUGUUCAGACUGACGGAAAAUACCAACUUUGUUUUUUAAAGCAUCAGUCCAAAUUCUGGAACUAUUUAACCAAUAGCACCAUGCUUGAUACACCAAAUGUACUGCAAAGGUUCAAGGUCUACAACCAAGUACUGCUGGUUGAUACAUUCAGACCUUGUUGCUGAGGCCCACAUCCUGCAAAUGGUAAGUAAAUCCAAGCAUUUCACAUAUUCAAGAAACAUGUGAAUAAGGCUGAUUUCUGUUAAUCUUUGAAUUAAUGUAGAUUAAUAUAUUAAUUUUUUUUUCAGUAUUUAAUAAUUGACAUCAACAGCAAAUUUUUGUAUUUUCUAGCUUUUGACACAUUAUAAGAUGUUUAUGAAUAAAAUGAGAAAAAU